UUACAUCACUUCAGUUCAGUGGGUGGCGGUAAUACACCUGGUUGUUGGUGUCCGCCGAACCGCCGAAGAAGAAGACGACGACGAAGAAGAAACGCUCACAGUGGGCGGGAAAUACUGUCGGAAUACGAACCGAGUAAAGAGUGCUGGUUUGUGAGUGCAGCAGAAGCGCUGCAUCGGUAGCAAAUUAAUUAGUGUUAUUGCUAAUCGUUAUUGACCGGAGGAUGGUUCAAAUAAUGAUCAGAGGCAGCCCGGAUGGCAGCAGUCCCCCUGAAUGGCUGGUGGUGGAAUUACAGGGGGAGAUGGUGUCUAGACACAACUCUGGUCUGGCAGGAAAUGUGAUGGGAGAUCUACUGUAUACCAGAGAGGGGGUGCCAGUGCUGAUUGUAGGACAUCACAUUAUCUACGGGAAGCAGGUCAAACUGGAGAAACCCUUUGCUGUUCUCACCAAGCACUCGGGCCAUUCACAGGGCAGUCACAACAGUAACAACGAUGACAUAACGCAGGAAGCAAUGGAAACAGACCAACAAGGCUCUGCUUCCACAUCUUAUUCGGUGUCUGCACUCAUUAAAACAAAACUGAUUUUUAAGAUCCGCCCCAAACCUAUCAUCACUAAUGUACCCAAGAAGGUGUAGCAGGACUACAUUUCAUUGCUGGGACAGAGUCCCUGUCUGACUUGUCUUAUUCUAAGAAGUAUUUAUACUGUGAUGGUUUCUGAUCUGAAUGUUGUUGAAGGCAGUUUUUGGAAAGCAAAAUAAGAUAUCAAUGGGUUUGUCACUACCUGACUUUCUGUCCAAAUUUAAAGAAAAACAAAUGAAAAUUCUCAUUUCCUUUUAAUUAUAGGAAAGACGGUAUAGGCAGGGCGGACUGAUGGACAGGUGAAGCAUGUCUGAAGGCAAAAAUUACAUUUGUUAUACAUAAUAACUGAUGCACGGAUGCGGUUCCUCACAGCAAGAAGGUUUUCUCUUCCUCCCGCAGGAUGAAGGCCUGCAGUCAGUGGGUCUUGUCCUGUCCGUAUUUCCUUUCCUGGGUGUACCCCGCCUGUGGUAGCUGGGAUAGGCUUUAAACCUGUGACCCUGAUAAGGAUAAGUGAAAGAGAUGUUUGUAACAGCAGUUUUUAUGUGCAGUCAUGAAUAUAUAUAUAUAUUAUAAAGAAAUACUGGUGCAGACAAAGUUUUUAGGUCCUUUGAACCAGAAAUUAGACGUACUCUCACUUUGUGUUUUACUUUUAUUUUUGGUAAAAUAGAUUUAAUUAAAAUGGAUUCAUCGAGAUAAAAAACAGAUGACGCCAAUUGUUUUGUGGUUUGAGUUCGCUUUUCCACUCUGGAGGGAAAGGGCACUGCAAAUCAAUACGCAUUUGUUCGGAGUAACUCAUUUUUCUGCUAAAGAAACAUUUUGAUCAUUCCAGAGAUUUGGGAAAUCUGCCAGUGCACACUGAAUUUGUUCUAGCAUCACAUAGUGGCCCAGAGUCUGAGAGCGUUUUGAAUAAUUCUGAGUGUCUGCUUGUCUCAGAUCUAAUUGAAUCAUUGUUCCCAUCUUUUGGUGAAGUGUUUUUAAUUAAAUAGAAACCAAAUGUUUACAGGUACAUGAUGAUGUUGUGAUUGGACUGGUACUUGGCACACACACACUCUCACAGAUGCCGUGGAUUUGGGUUCAGUAUAUUCCCCAAAGAUACAUGCACACUGGAAGUUACUGAGCUAUCUUCUCAUCCCUUCUGUGUUUCUUUACUGUCUUUGGAUUAAUGCAGCAGUUGUAAUGUAACAAAUUCAAGUGUAGAUGAUAAAAUUGAAUGAUGUUAAAACUGAAUAAAUGUGAUGUUUGAAACAAAUACAGUUUAAAAUAAAGGUUUAUGGGCAGUUUAA